UUGCUUGAGUGGACUUAAGUUUCCAUCUUUUCACAUUGUUUGAAAAAACUGGUCCAAAGGAAUGCUUGCGUUUUGGGGUCAUUAAGCUCUUGCUGUUUUAGGAUAGAUAAUUCUAGCAGCAAAGAAGGAGAAAUGGCUGGACAACAGGAGACGGGAAGAGGUCGAAGUGAGAAGUGAGAGGCGAUGAGCGCAGCUAUGGCAAAGAGCUGAUGGUGCUGGUGGAGAUGGAAGGGGAGAACAGAAUCACAUUGAUGGAACUAUUGAAGAGCGUGAAAGAAGAAUGUGGAGGAGUGAUUGGUUGCAGAUAUAAAUCUCCAAAAGAGUAUUAAUUAAUAAUGGAGGAUGUGAAAGCAAAAGAGAAAAUUCUGGAUGGUUUGAAGAUCAGAAAUAGUCGUGUAAUGGUGAAAGAAGUGGAUUGCAUGGAGGUGGUCAUUUCAUUCCUAGGACUGCCCAUGUACAUUCAAGAGGAAGAAAUUUUGAACAAACUAAAGGAUUGGGGAGUAACAGCAGCAUCUAAAAUAAAGAGGAGAGUGUGACCUGGAACUGACAUUGCGGAUGGGACAAGGUUUUUAAAAGUUAAGUUCAAUAAUGUUGUCAAAUCGCUGCCCUACUCAACGAAAUUUGAAACGCUCGGUGGGACGGAACACUUCAGGGUUAUACACGACCGACAAGUGAAGGUUUGGCGUUUGCGUAUACAACCGGGGCAUGUUGUGAGGGACUGCCUGAGCUUUAGGUGUUUUAGAUGCGACAAACAAGGACACUAUGCAAGAAGUGCAAAGAAGCGAAUUGUGACGUGUGUGGAAUGCGGCCAGGACUAUGCGUGCGUAAAACGUCAGCAGUAACAGAAGAGGGGAACACCGAGGAGAGAUUGUCAGAUCUAAAUGAGGUGGAAGAGAGUGAAGAAGAAGAAAAUGUAAUCGCAGAAGGAGAGGAGAGUCAAAGCACCUGGGGAAAGGAAGAGAGAGUGACAAAAAGGGAAGACACUGAGAGCGAGAGCAGCCAAGAGGACGCAGGCUCAGGGCAACGGAUGAGAGAGAGAAAGAAGAAAGAGAGUACACCAGGUAAAGAGAUGGUUCCAAGAGACCUGGAGUGUGAAGAUGGGCACGGGAAGAAGGUUAAAAAUGGCUACAAAGAAGGUGAUAAUGCCAAAAGCCAGGGAAGAAAACAUCGUGAGGAAAAAAGAAUGAAGAAGGAUGAGGGGGGAGGAAAGGAGAAGGAAAUGCCAGAGAAUCCUGUGACAAAUGUGGAGGAAGACAUGGAAACGAGUGAGGCGAAAAGUAUGCUGGGGAAAAGAAAGAAGAAAAGAGCAUAAGACAGAAAAAAACGGACGAUUAAUGGAUAACGACACUGAACUGGCUGGAGGAACUAGUAUGGCAAACGACACCGGAAUGACAGGAGGAGCAUGCAUGGUUAAUGAAACUGGAUUGGCAGGAGGAACACGCAUGGCAAACGACACUGGACUAGAUAAACAACUACGAGCUAGGAAUGGAAAGAUAUUUAAAUAUUUACAGGAAGCUAUGGUCAUUGUGAAUGUGGAGAAUGUGAUUGACGUGAGAGUGGAUGACAUUAUUAAAGCUGUAACGGAACAAUGUGGACAUGGCAACAUUUUAGCGUUAAGACCAAGACAAGGAAGAGAAUAUGAACUGACUAUGGAAAAAGAAGAAAUGUGUGACAAACUGAUUGAAGGACUGAGAAUUAAAGUGAACUGUGAAGUGAAAAAUUUGCAUAACAGAGACUAUGUUGUUUCCUUCAUGCACCUGCCCGUCUACCUGGACGACAAAGAAAUUUUAGAAAAAUUGGAGGGAUGGGGAGUUGAACCAGUCACUAAAAUUAAAAGAAAAUGCUACCCGGGCACCGACAUUGAGGAUGGAACAAGGUUCCUGAAGGUGAGGUUCCCCAAGGAAGUGGCAUCGUUGCCAUACAGCACAAAGCUGGAAACAGUGGAAGGGCAACAGCACUUUCGGGUGAUGCACAGCCAUCAGGUGAAGACCUGUAGGAUGUGCAUGAGCCCAGAACACCUACUGAAGGACUGCCCAAAUUUCGUGUGCUAUAAGUGCGAGGAAAGGGGACAUUUUGCAAGGGAUUACAAUGCUGAUAUGAUGUGUUAAGGGGCCUGGAGGGAGAAAAUGGUGAAUAAUGGUUUUUAAGUAUUUAUUUGUAUUUCUUUUAAUGGUUUCAAGUUGUGUUACUUUUAAUGCAAGGGGAUUGUUGGACAUUGGAAAAUUUGAAAAAGUAAAAGAAAAAUGUAAAAGGGAAGAUAUUAUUGCACUACAAGAAACAAAAUGGAGAGAAAAUGUUAUGAUUGAUUAUAAAAAGAGAUGGGAUGGAGGUAUUUUAUAUAAUAAUGGAGGUCGGAGGUUUGGAAGAGGUGUGGCUUUUUUAAUGAAGGAUGAUGUUUUUAAAGUGAGUAAAAUUGUGUAUUAGGACAGGUUGGGGAAGUGUAUGGUAGUUGAGACAAAAUAUGAAGGAAGAGAUUUGAUUUUAGUAAAUGUAGAUGCACCAGUGGAGGAGAAGGAAAAGAACGAGUUUUUUAAUGUUUUAAGAAAUACUGAAUUUCAUACGUUUCAUAUGUUUUAAAGAAGUUUUAAUAAAGAUUUUAAAAGAAUUUUUAAAACAGUUUUUAAAGACAUUUUUUUUAAAAAAGAAGACAUUAAUGAAAGAGCAAGGAUGGGGUUAAUGAAACUGAUACAUAAAAGGAAAGGAGAAAAAUUAGAUUUAAAAAACUACCGACCGAUUACGAUGUUGAACACUGAUCUUUAGAUUUUAGCAAACAGAUUAAAAGAAGUAAUGCCACGUAUAAUUAAAACAAACCAAGCAUAUGGAGUAAAAGGAAGAGAUAUAGCUGACAUAACGAUGAGUAUAAGAGACACAAUAUGGUACAUGAAAGAAAAAAAAUGAAGAAGUAUAUGUAAUUAGUUUAGAUUUUGAGAAAGCUUUUGAUAGGGUUGAGCAUCGGUAUUUAUUUGAGGUUUUAAGAAGUUUUGGUUUUGGUGAGAAUUUUAUUAAAUGGAUUGAGAUUUUAUAUAAGGGUGCACUAACAAUCACACGUUUAAUUAGACGGUUGUCCGCUGUCUGCGUUAUUAUAUUCACUUGUAUCAGAACCGUUAGGAUUGGCAAUUAGACAAAAAGAAGGAAUAAUAGGGAUUGAAAUUGAAGAAAAUAAGGCUGAGGGGAAAGUUUUUCAAAACGCUGAUGAUAUGACGAUAAUUGUAAAGGGAAAAGCGAGUGUUGAAGUAGUAAUGAAUGUUGUAAAAAGAGUAUUGUAGAGGGACUGGGAGUAAAGUAAAUGAGGAUAAAACAGUAUAUAUGAGAUUUGGUAAAGCUAUGGUUUUAACGGAUUGUUUUAAUUUAAAGGAAGUGGAAGAAAUUAGGAUUUUAGGAGUUUUAAUGGGGAAGAAUGAGAGAAAAGUAAGAUGAAAUGUGGGAGCAACUAGUUACAGAUAUAGAGAGGUUAAAUUUUUGGAAAUUAAGAACUUUAAAUUUAAAGGUUUUAAUAUUGAAUGUUUUAAUGGUUUCUAAACUUUGAUAUGUUUUAUAUGUGUCUGAAAUGCCAUUAUGGACAGAACAGAGGUUGAAGAAAUGUUUUCUUUUUUCUUUUUAUGGGAGGGGAAACCAGCGAGAAUUGCACAUAACAUGAUUUUAGGGGCAGUGUAAAUGGGGGGUUUAGGAUUAAAGGAUGUGGAACAACAAAAAAAUGCUAUGAGAGUGAAAAUUGUUCAGAAAUAACUAAAUGAAGAGAACAAAACUGAGUGGAAGAAAACAAUGAAAUACUUUUUAAAUAAAUGUGGUGGUUUUAACAUGGGGGAUGGAAUUUUAUGGAUGAAAACAAAAAUUUGGAUGACUGAAGGAUUACCUGCGUUUUAUAGAGAAAUUUUUAGUGCUUGGGGAAAAUUUUUAACGAAAAUUGAGUAUGAUCCACGUGGGAGAGAAAACAUUUUAAACCAACCUCUGUUCUUAAAUAACAUUUUAAAACAAGAGAAAGAGAUAUUUUUUAAGAAAUGGAUGGAAGUGGGGAUAACGAGAGUGAGAGAUGUUUUCUAUGAGUUCAAAGAGGGGUUUUUACCAACACAAUAUGUUGUGGAUGCAAUGGAAGUAGCAAAAGAAGAAUACAGCAAACAAGAAAUAACAAACAAAUAUGAAAUCAUUAAAAAUGCAAUACCAAAAGAGUGGAUUAAAAUAAUAGAGGGUAUGGAAGAAGAGCAAAAAGAGAAGAACAUUUAUGUGAAACUGCGGAAAAAAUUGUGUGAAGAAUGUGCUGUAAAAAUGUUUUAUUUUAUUGUUUUUAGAGAUGGUGUUUUUAAAGAUUGUAAAUAAGUACUGGGUGGAAAAAUUCAAAGAUUUAAAAGAAGAGUGUAUAUGGAGAAUGUGUGGAGACAAAGUUGGAAUGUUUGGAGUAUUUUAUAGGACAUACAUUGGUUUUUACUGAGUCUAUUUUAAACAAAAUUGGGAUGGCGCAAAAUGAAAUGUGUAAAGUGUGCCAAGAAAAAGAAGAAUGGAUUUUACAUAUGUUUUUAUAUUGUAAAGAACUGGAGGAUUUUUUAAAGAAAUGUAAAUGUGUGGUUCAAGUGGGUUGAAAAUGGAAUGGAAUGGAACAGAGUGGUGAUGUUUGGCUGGGAAAAGAAGUGUCGCAACAAAAAGUUUAUAAAUCUGUGGGUAAUGUUGAUGAAAAGUGCAAUAUGGGAAAGAAGAAUUGUGGCGAAAAAAGAAAAAAUUGUGUUGGAUGUUUGGAAUGUUUAAAAGAAAAACAGAAGCGUACAUGGAAAGACUUUAUGUGUAUUUUAAAUGUGAAAAUAUGUUGGAUGCUUUUUAUCAUGUUUUUACUCCAGAAGUUUUCAGUGUUUUAAAAGACCUAAUGUGGAAGCUGCCGGGAAGUGAAGGAGAAUUGUGAAAGGUGAUUCUAUAAGAAAAACUAUUGUAUUUUUCAUUGUACUGUAUUUUAUUGAUUGACAUUUCUUAAUAAAAAAAAUAAAUA